GGCAGCGGCAGCAGCACAGGAGGAGGAGGAGGAGGCUGCAGCGGCAGCGGCACUGGCGGCAGCAGCAGCCCCGGCCUCCGAGCCUCUCGCCAAGCUUGGCUCCCGGCCGCUCCGUCCGUGCGUCCGUCCGUGCGUCCGUCCAUCCCUCAGGCGGCCGGCCUGCCGGCGGGGUCCGCCCCCUCGCUCCAGGCCGUUGCCCGCCUCGGAUUUCUCUCCCGCCUUCUCCCGAGCCCGGAUCGGGCUCGGUGCUGGUUCUGCAGGGCGGGGCGGGCGCACGCUCGUUUUCCCGGGCAUGGACACCCCGGUCCCGGGGGCGCUGCCGGAGUCCGACGUGCCGCAUUAGCCCCCCGCCCGCAAGGACAGCGGCGGCGGGGCAGGCGGAGGACCGCCAGGAGGAGGAGGAGGACGGAAGGAUCCCUUGGACGCGGGCAUCUCCUCCUGCAGCCUCCUCCCCGGAAGGGAGCCGGUGCCCGGGCCGGGAUGCUCGGCCGGGAGCAGGCUGCCUGAGCCGGAGGCCGGCGCGAGGGGCCUCCCGGCAGGAGCCCCGGGAGCCGGCAUGUACCUGCUGGACGGCGGCGGCGGCAGCAGCAGCAGCCCCGAGCCGGGCCCGGCCACCAUGCAGCGGGGGACGCCUCAGAGGAAGACCGUCUACCGCAUCUCCGUGACCAUGGUGAAGAAGGAGCUGCUGCAGCCGCCGUCGCCGCCCCCUGGGACGGCGGGCCCCCAGGGGCCCGGGGCUCCGCGGCAGCGGCGGCGGCGGCGGCCGCCCACGGCCACGGCCAGCCUGCCCCGGGGCGGCCUGCUGAUGGAGGAGGCCGGAGAGGACCUGGCCGAGGAGGAGGAGGAGGAGGAGGAGGAGGAGGACGGCCUGGAAGAGAGGGAGGGAGAGGACCGGGUGCCCAGUCCCCGCAGCUUUCGGACCCGCAGCACCGGCCAGUUGGAGCUGGGCCGCCUCAAGGUGCCCACUCGGCCGGAGCCCUUCCAGCGAGGCUCCGUGUCGGGGAGCUCGGCCAGCGCGGGGGCAGCCGAGCCGUCGGGCCGGAGGCCCGGGAGCCCCUCCGGGGGCCACGGCGACCAGCAGCAGGAGGUGGAGGGCGAGCAGCCGCAGCAGCAGCAGCGGGCCCCGGGCAGCCCGGGCUGUGAAGGAGGCCCCGGGGCUGAGGGCCCCUGGACCACGAGCCCCGGCCCCGCCGCGGCCGGCACCGGGCCGGGCAGCCCGGAGGAAGCCCCCGAGCCGGAGGUGGGGGAGGAGGACUCCGGAGCCCCUCGGCCCGAAGAGGAGCCCCAGCGGCUCCUCCGGAGGAGCCUCAGCUUCCGCCACUGGCCCGGCGGGGAGGUGCUGCGGCUGCGGGCCCUCUCCCGCGACAAGCACCACCGCAGCUCGGGCUGCCUGCACCAGCCGCCCGAAGGGGAGCCCCUGUGGGCCGCCGAAGAGCCCGGGGAUGCUCUGGCCGCGGCGGAGGCGGCCGCCUUGGGCCCCGGAGCCUCGGAGGAGCCUGUGGCCCUUCCCCAGCCGCAGCCCCCGGCGCAGCCCCCGGCGCAGCCCUCGGAGAAGCGCAACACCCUGGACGUGGGCGAGGUGCUCAGCAAGGUGGACCCGCUGGCGCUGUCCGAGCUGGAGCGCUGGGAGCGCAGCAAGAGUAAGAACCGCACGUUGGAUAACAGCGACCUGCAGCGGCUGGAGCGGGCCCAGGCCCAGGCCGUCGGGGGCCGGGGCCUCUUCCCGGGGGCCGCGCUGGGGGCCCCCGAGCACCGGCUGCUGCGCUUCUUCAGCGGCAUCUUCGCCAGGAAGGACGGCACCUCGACCCCCUUCGCCAGCCCCAACGGCCGCUCCCCUCGCGGCAGCUUCGCCCGCUCCCGGGGCUACUUCAGCAGCCUCAAGAGGGCCGCCCUGGACAUGCAAUCCAGCAGCGAGAGCAUCGGCGGCUCCCCGCAGAAAGAUGCGUUCGUGAACAGCCAGGAAUGGACGCUGAGUCGAUCUGUGCCAGAGCUGAAAGUGGGAAUUGUGGGUAAUUUGGCUAGUGGCAAGUCUGCGCUGGUACACCGGUAUCUGACUGGCACUUAUGUUCAGGAGGAAUCACCUGAAGAUGUGGAUGCAGGUGGGAGAUUCAAGAAGGAAAUAGUGGUCGAUGGCCAAAGCUACCUGCUGCUGAUUCGCGAUGAAGGGGGCCCUCCGGAGGCACAGUUUGCCAUGUGGGUGGAUGCUGUUAUAUUUGUCUUCAGCUUGGAGGAUGAGAUCAGCUUCCAGACAGUUUACCAUUACUACAGUCGAAUGGCCAACUAUCGGAACACGAGUGAGAUCCCCAUGGUACUAGUGGGAACCCAGGACGCAAUAAGUUCCAACAACCCACGCGUCAUCGAUGAUGCUCGAGCGCGGAAACUGUCAAAUGACCUGAAGAGAUGCACGUACUACGAGACAUGUGCGACCUACGGCCUGAACGUGGAACGCGUGUUCCAAGACGUUGCUCAGAAGAUUGUCGCCACCAGGAAGAAACAACAACUUUCUAUAGGACCCUGCAAGUCAUUGCCCAACUCUCCCAGCCACUCCUCCGUGUGCUCCGCCCAGGUCUCUGCUGUGCAUAUCAGUCAGACGAGUAAUGGAGGAGGGAGCUUGAGUGAUUAUUCAUCCUCCGUCCCGUCCACUCCCAGUACCAGCCAGAAAGAGCUACGAAUUGAUGUCCCUCCUACUGCCAACACUCCGACUCCUGUCCGCAAGCAGUCCAAGCGGCGAUCCAACCUGUUCACAUCUCGAAAAGGGAGCGACCCAGACAAAGAGAAAAAAAGCCUGGAGAGCCGAGCGGACAGCAUCGGAAGUGGCCGAGCAAUUCCAAUUAAGCAGGGCAUGCUGUUAAAGCGAAGCGGCAAAUCGUUGAAUAAAGAGUGGAAGAAGAAAUAUGUCACCCUGUGUGACAACGGUGUCCUGACCUAUCACCCAAGUUUACACGACUACAUGCAGAAUGUCCACGGGAAGGAGAUCGACCUUCUGAGAACCACUGUGAAAGUGCCCGGGAAGAGGCCCCCCCGCGCCACGUCAGCCUGCGCCCCCAUCUCCAGCCCCAAGACCAACGGCCUGGCCAAGGACAUGAGCAGCCUGCACAUCUCGCCCAAUUCUGGGAAUGUUACUGCUAGUGCGUCUGUGUCUCAGAUGGCCAGUGGCGUCAGCUUAGUGUCCUUCAACACGCGCCCCGAUGGGAUGCACCAGCGCUCCUACUCCGUCUCCAGCGCCGACCAGUGGAGUGAAGCCACAGUCAUUGCCAACUCGGGCAUCAGCAGCGAUACAGGUUUGGGAGAUUCCGUCUGUUCGAGCCCCAGCAUAUCCAGCACCACAAGCCCCAAACUCGAUCCUCCGCCUUCCCCUCAUGCCAACAGGAAAAAACAUAGACGGAAGAAAAGUACCAGCAAUUUCAAAGCAGACGGGCUCUCAGGCACGGCUGAAGCCAAGCGCAAAGCAUGGAAACUAAACCGUGUUGGUAGCCUGCGAAAUAUAUACAGCAGCAGCAGCACCAACACCGAAGAACAAGAAGAAAACUUUGAGUUUAUCAUUGUGUCCCUCACCGGCCAGACGUGGCACUUUGAAGCCGCCACGUAUGAAGAACGGGACGCUUGGGUACAAGCCAUCGAGAGUCAGAUCCUGGCCAGUUUACAGUCCUGUGAGAGCAGCAAGAACAAGUCCCGCCUGACGAGCCAGAACGAAGCCAUGGCCCUGCAGUCGAUCAGGAACAUCCGCGGGAACUCGCAGUGCGUGGAUUGUGAGGCACAGAACCCAAACUGGGCCAGUUUGAACUUGGGGGCCCUCAUGUGCAUCGAAUGCUCAGGGAUACACCGGAAUCUUGGCACGCACCUGUCCCGCGUCCGGUCGCUGGACCUCGAUGACUGGCCCAUUGAACUCAUCAAGGUCAUGUCCUCCAUUGGGAACGAACUGGCCAACAGCGUCUGGGAAGAAAGCUGCCAGGGACACAUGAAGCCCUCGCUGGACUCCACCAGGGAAGAAAAGGAGCGAUGGAUACGAGCUAAGUAUGAGCAGAAGCUCUUCCUGGCUCCUCUGCCAUGCAUGGAACUCUCUCUGGGCCAGCACCUGCUGAGGGCCACAGCAGACGAGGACUUGAGGACUGUCAUCCUGCUCCUGGCCCACGGCUCACGGGAGGAGGUGAAUGAGACCUGCGGGGAGGGUGAUGGACGCACGGCUCUCCACCUGGCCUGUCGGCAGGGGAAUGUGGUCCUGGUACAGCUCUUGAUCUGGUAUGGCGUGGAUGUCAUGGCCCGAGACGCCCAUGGAAACACGGCUCUGGCCUACGCGCGGCAAGCCCCGAGCCAGGAGUGCAUUGACAUUCUCCUGCAGUACGGCUGUCCCGACGAGCGCUUCGUCCUCAUGGCCACCCCGAACCUGUCCCGGAAAAACAACAACCGGAACAACAGCAGCGGCCGGAUGCCCACCAUCCUCUGAGUUGUGAGUGCGGCUCUGCCGGCACCCCAAAAUCAGCAGCCCUCCUUGUACCCUUCCUCCUCCAAAUUACAGCCUGUGAGUGUCAUGAGGUCCCGUCCCCCCUCGCCAUCCUAGCCCACCCCACUCCCCCCAAAUCAGAAAUCUGGACAAACAGGAGGAGAAUAGAGGCGGAAGAGGAGGAGGGAAGAGGACCGCAGAAGGAACGAUCCUCCUUAAAGAUCUUAAUGAUGAACACAGAAAGAGGGAGGAAAAAAAAACCAGCCUGGCCCCGGUCCCUUUGAUCAUGCUUAACACGCGGCAUGGGACCGAGCAUUUUACGGGUUGUCCGCAGACUGUCUCGGCAAGUGAUGGGGACGAGGGCGGGGGCGGGAGGGAGGCAGGGAGAAGGAAGGAGGGAGGAAGAGGAGGCAGAAGAGAGAAGGCACGGUAACUUUCCUUAACUGCCAGUUAAGCACAUCAGUACUUUUCCCCGCUCCCAAACGGAACCCCUGGAUUUCAUUCUCUUUGCCGAGGAGCUUGACGACAUAAAUCAGAAGCAAGCACAGAGUUUGUCAGGUUUGAAGCUCCUAUGAUGGUGUGUGUCAAAUCAGUUGUAGCUAAUCUGUCCAGGGAGAAUACUGGCUUCAUUACACUUGUAUAGUUGAGCUCUUCCAAUAUUACCGCUGUUUAAUAGGACAUGAUUAGUCAUCACGGAGAAAAAAGCAUAUUAGCUGAGAAGGUAGUUACUCGGCACGCAUCGGUGAUUGCCUGGAUGUGAUUGCAAUAUUCUUCCGAGCAUCAUAUUAUCUCAGACAUGUUCUUCGGAGCCCUUGGAGUCCUCCUUUCUAAAUUCACUGUCAUAAUUUAGGAUCUGUUUAAUUUUUCAGCCCAAAGAGAGAAAAGCAGUUGCCGAGUAGUAUUUGACUGCAGUCUCCUUGGUGUUAACAACAAAAUGGGAAAAAAUAAAUAAAAGUAACGAUGAGAUCCAGAAAGGAAAUCGCCAACCCUGCUAACAAUCACAUUUCAAGUACGUUUAGUCAACUCAAUAAAUGAGUCCACAGCAAUUUUUUUUUCUUUCCAGCCGAGAGAGAGAUUUUUUUUUCCUGUCCUUUGGCCAAGGUGGGUGUGUCAAAUGCAGGGGUCCCUCUCAUGCUGUGUUGCCUAAGUUAUACAGAUUUUUGUAUUGUGUCUUUAGAUGAGUGUAAAAUCUAUUUGAAUAAAAAAAAAAGUUCACAAAGAUGCAUUGAUUUUUGUACAGAUGGAUGGCACCUCCACUGAUUUGGAAAUUGACCUACAUGUGAACACAUCGUGGGGCAACUUGAGGGGAUGGGAGGGUUACGGGUCAUCGACACAGAAAGGGCCCCAACGGCAGCCACUUCCCAUCUAUUUUUGUAUAUUCUCAAAGAACGUUUUGCAAUGAUAGGCUAGCCCGUUUUAUUUAUUUUUUAAAAGGUGAUGCUGAACCUUGUUAGGAAGCAAAGGGGAAGGGUGGGCGGUUUUCAGCCGGGGAAACAAUUUAGAUGUAAUAGUUUUGCCGAUGGAGACAAAGGGCUGGGUCUUAAGGGAAGAGCAGAUUUAUCUCCUAAAACCCAAAUGCUUCGGAGAGGGAGCCCGUGAAUGACAUCUCCUCUCAUCUCCCACUCUGGCUGAUCUCAGGAGGGGGAAACAGACCUGCCCCAACUGAACACUCCUUCCCGGGCACAUGGCAAAACAAACGGGAUUGUUUCUGAGGUGGAGGAGUAGGGAUCCCGGAGAGGCCCUUGGGAGUAGAGAGGUGGAGAGAGGGGUCUGGAACCGUGAAGGGGGAAAUCUGGCCUGAAUUAGAAAGUGCUGGAUGGCGUUUCCGAUCCCAUCCUACCAAAUAAUUCCAGAAACUCCGUUUCCAGUUUUGUACAUGUGUCAUCUAUGUUUCCUUGGGAGGUUUUUUAAAUUUUUGCUUUUGCUUUAAUUUUAUCUUCUCCUUUCCUUUAAAAAAAAAAAAAAAGGAAAGGGAAAAAAAAAGAUUGAGCAAAAUAUUAAGCACUGAGUAGAAUAUAAAUCAGUCUCUUCUCUGAAUUAAACCUCUGAAAUGUCAGUGUUGGGAGAAGCAGGAAGGGGGUCCCCAGGGUGAGAAUGAUCCCCAGAUUUCCUGCCUCCCCUUUAGUGUUGGAGAUGCACACUCCACUCCUGCAUGCCUGCUUUUGUCUGUCCCUCUCUCUCUCUCCCCGUCCCUUCUGCCCCCUCCUUUCUUUCUCCCUCUGUCCACCUCCCACCGUGGAAGCCCAUCAGUCUCAGUUCCAUCUCCCGAGAGCAGGAAGUACAUUGCCCCUGCUCCUGCUCCUCUUAACUCAUUGUUGGUGCUCCAGGAGGAAGUCCGCUCUCCUGAGCCUAAGUUUUGGCAACAAGAGGUUUCAAAAGAAGGAGGGGGUGCUAAGUGGGGGUCUUGUUUGUGAGUCUGCUUUUAUGCUGUUAGAAAAAAAAAAAAAAAACAGAAGCUCCUUCCUUAUUCCCAAAGCCCAGCCUCCCAUUUGAAUGUUUUACUAACACAAAGAAAAUAAAAAACUUAAGGAGAGAGGCCUGUCCUAGAGAUUGCACUUGGUAGGGGGCAAAGGAUAAAGUGUAAAAUAUUUCUUUCCAUGGCUGUUUUGAGCUCUGUAGGAACUGGUGGAUGAGACAGAACAGUUUAGGUGGGGGAUUUUGAGUUUGUUUUGUUUUAAUAAAAGCGACUAAAAAGGAACAAGCAAAGAUUGGAAGGAUGAUGGAGAAUAUGACAAGGGGAGAGAAGAAGAAAGAAUCAGGAGGCAAAAAGCUAAUGAUGCCGUCGUCCCCCACAGAAGGACAAUUGCUGCAAUUUUAUAUCCAAGCAAACCUUCCUUUCUUCCUUCCCUCAUCAGUCGCAUCAUUUGGCUGAACGGUUGCUAAAAUGGAUGAGUGUUUAUUGCAGAUCUAGUCAGGUCCAGAAAAAAAGUAAAGGCAGGCUAGAAAAAGGAUUGACUUCUAAGAGAUCUGCUACCGAGAGAGACCUCGCUGCCUUUGUUUCAGUGGCCGGGUCCCCUUGAUUGAAGAGGAUCUCAGAUCUCAGGAUGUACAGCUCCCCCCCCCCUUCCCCUUUCCCUACCUUGCCCUGCUGCUCCCAGAAAUGAGCAGCAGCCCUGGAAGAGGAGUGGAGUGUGAAUUAAUGAAUCUCCUGCCCUAUGAGCAGAGCAAUAAGUUCACAGCAACAUUUACGUAUUCCAGAAGGGUGUGGCAAUAUAUACCACCGGCCCAUUGCUAGAGAUUAUUGGUCUUGGAGGUGACGGUGAGAGCAAGUGUAAUGAGCUCUGGCCGGUGCAAAAUUCAUUCCUGGCUCCUAAGUAGUUUGGUAAUUUGUUACGUUAUAUUGCACAGAGAGAGUGUGUGAGAUGGAUCUGGAAGUUGGGGGGAGGGAGGAUUGGUUUGUUUUGUUUUUCCCUGGGCCUUGGGGAUGCUGGCUGACCAAAACAAAAGAGAGAAAGAGAGAGGGAGGGGUUAGCAUUUUCUUUACAAAGGUUGACAUUCAGGGAAAGUUCCAAGGGGCCCCCACCAUUCUCAUUCACCCACCUCUUUGGGCAGCAUGAAAGGGAAAAGCAGAAAACUUGGAUUCUUGUCUAGGAAGGAUGAAUGGCCCGGAUGAAAGUUAGACCCACUAAACAUUAAGGAUGAAGGGAAAGCCUUUGCUGAGGAGGAAAGAAUCACCCGGUCAUAGAACUGGAGUUAGAAGAUGCAGCUCAGUUCAGUGGCAUUUUACAGAUGAGAAAAGUGAGGUUGGGAGAGCUUAGGCAGAAUCAGAGGCAGAACUUGAACCCAGCUGCAGAGGGCGUGAUUUUUCUACAGUUCCCCACUGCCCUCAUUGUUAUAAUCCAUGGGAAGAAAAAUGGUUCCCCCAAUAAGUCUGAGUCUGUCUCUCCCUUCUGCUCUCAGCCCCUCUCUCACUGGCUUUCUCUAGAGUCCAGCUUCCCUGUUCUGUACACACACACCCCAAGCAUCUUAUGAACAGAUGAAAAAAUACAUUUUUAAAGCAGAAGGAAAUGCCCAUAGAGAUGCAUGGCACACCUGAGUCUGGCCGGUUAAUUUGUAUAAUACGACCUUAUAUUUCCACAACCCCUUUGUCAGUCUUCCCCCUUGCCAACUCUCACCUCUCAGAGGUUAUACUUUGAAAAAAAGGGAGGUUAAGAUCCCUGGAUGAAAAUUACCAUCAACUUUUCUAACAUGUCCCAUGCCCUUCCUUUUCUGUGAUGCACAAAGCCCCUUGGGGCUACCCAGGCAGAGGAUGACUUUUAACACCCCUUAUUUUAGAAGGGAAGGGUUUGGACACCACGCCAUGGCUUUGGGCCUUUAAGGUACUAAAUUAUAUGACUUUGUAGCCCAGGAUGCAUGAUUUGCAUGUUGUGUUAAGAGAAAAGAGAGAACAUGGGGACUGAGAGGAGAUGGGACUGAUAUUAAAUAUGCUCUACCAAGGAAAAAUACAUGGAUCUUGGUUUCCAUCUCUGGUCAGGGCACUGGGCAAACCACAACUCUCAGAUCUUUAUGUCCACGUCUCCCAAACAAGUGGGUUAAACUAAGCAAGAUGUGCUCCUAGUAUCCAAUAGCUAAGAUAAGGGACCAAACCUUGUUUUGUUCAUCCCUGUUUCUGGAAGGAAAAAUAAAUCACUGAUGAGCCAAAUUGUGUAGCUUGAAAAGAAAAUGGUUUUCUUCCAUGGAGACUCGAGUAUUCUUUAGAGAUAGGGAAUGAUGAUCUUUUCCUUCAUCAUUUUGGGACCCCCAGUGCUCUUCAUGCAGAUAGACUCUUUUCCAGCUCCAAGAGGGAUUAGACUAUGGCUGAGUCCCAGAGGGAAAACUGGGGACAAUGAAUGGAAAUUGUAAAGGGGAACAUAGCAUUUUGCCACGAGGGGAAAUGUCCUAAUACUUAAAGUUGUCACGAGCAAAAUGGAAGGACCAGGCAGAGAUGGGAGUGGGAAUGGGAAUGGUCAUGCAGAGGCUACACAAGCCACCUGCUCAGGAUGCUAUUGAGAAUUGGCAGGUGAUGAGGGUCCUACCCAACUUUGCAAAUAAUGGGUUUUUUUUUCGUUUUAGGUCAGAUAUAGAGGUAAUUUAACCUUGGGCUAUUUCUUUUGAUCAAAAAUAAAACCUUUUUUUAAACCAAGAACUCUUGACUUGAAAAAUAGUUGGGGGAUUUCAGCAAUAGUCUCUCUGUGUCCCUAUAUCGUGCAUGUUCCUCUAUGUGUAAAUGCAAAGAGGAAGCGUGAAAGGCCAAAUCUCAGGUCAUUUCUUCUGCAUCUUCAGUUAAAAUAUAAGCCCCUUGAGGGCAGAAGCUGAUUUUUUCCUUUGUUUUUCUAAAACUUAGCAGGGUAGGUGGCACAUAGCACACAAUAGGUCUUUUAAUAAAAGUUUAUUUAGUGGUACUUCACCAAACACACCAGCUCUGUGUAGGGCACUGUCCUAGGUGCUGAGUGAGACCUAAAGCCUUUUGUCUUCACAAAGUUCAUAGAAGAAAUCUUUGGACAAUUUUUUUUUUUUUUGCUAUGAGAUUACAGAUCUGAAAUUGGAAGGGAUGUGAGAGAUCAUUUAGUUCUACUUCAGUCCCACUUCCCAGAUGAGUUUCCUGAGGCAGAGAGAUGUCAGCAGAAAAGCCUGGACUGAAAGCAAAGGCUUUUGAUCCCAAAUUCAGAGCUCUAUCCAAUGGGCAACACUACCCACAAUAUAGUGCUUAGAAACAACGGAGCUUUAUGUUUAAAACAACACUUUACAAUCCAAAAUUUCAUUUGAUGCUCCCCAAACUCAAUAACACAAGAGUACAUAUUAUAGUUCACAUUUUCCCCUAUGAAAAUGAAUGGGCUUGUCCAAGUGAUGGAGUCAGAUCUUCUGACUUUGAGGUCAAUGCUCCUUCUGCUCUACCUGCACUCAAGCGCUCUCCAAAACAGAUUCAAAUGCCCUCGGCAAGCACUCUUCUAGCAAAUGGAAUGGAAAGUCCAGAAGGAUGGGACUGUUGGGCUUUUUAGGCCUAACAGCUAGCUCAGUGCUUGGUAUACAGUAGAUGCUUGAUAAAUGCUUUGAGGGUAGUUGAAUAGGAUGGCAUUGAUCACAGGAAGCCAGUCUCUUAACUCAGAUUUCAAGGGAAGGUCUUUCAUUUUUCUUGCCAGACAGAUAUUAUUUAGACUUGGAUAGAAAGCUAAAAAAAAAUCCUUUUGAAAUCUGUCCUUAAAAAUAAAAAAAGAAAAAGAAAUCAAGCUAAUCACAGGAAAUUCUGCUAUGAUGGCACUUAUCAAAUGAAGGAAUCCUGAUUUUGGUUGAAGACAAUUUCCGAUCUUACUGUCCCUUGUAUAUAGAAAUCUUCAGAAAUAGCAUUUGGCCCACAGAGCGUUAGCCAUUCCCAAGUGACAUCCGGGCCGCUCUUGGGCUGCCUGCCUCCCUUCCAACGUUCCCAGAAGUGUCACUUUUAUAUCACAUGCAUCCUUGGGAUACAUUUGAGAAAUAAGAAGAAUUACAAUAAGUCAAUAGGGAGAAACAGGCUAGAAAUAUUAUUUCCCAUGCAUUGCUCAUGCAAAUAUUCAGUUGUUUCCUGUGGUCACGAACUAUUAUGAGUGCAGAGGGAUAUUGAAGGAAGGCCCUUGGAAAAGGAAUAGUGUGGAUUAUUCACUAGAGUCCAUCAAUAAGUACAAAUAUUUUAAUAUCAAUAGAAGAACACUAAAAAGAUGCUACAUGAAACUGUGAACUUCUUACAUUUUGAGUUUGGGGGUGUGUAUUAAUAUAUAAAGUAGCAACACAAUUGCCCUGUUUGUGUCCUUCUACAUAAAGUAAUCUUUUCCUCAAAGAUUUGGAAAAAUGUCCCCAGUGCUUGCUCCUAGUUGUUAAAGGCAUGUGCAAGUUGAUUAUCUUUCAUGACCAUUGAUGGGAUCCUUCCCUAAGUCACAGAGAACCCCUAGCAAUUCUCUGUGAAAAAUGAGCACUCCCUGCAAGGUCAACUAAUGGGUCAAGGUCAGUCAGGGCAUUCCCCUCCUUGGCCCGGUUCUCCAGUUGAGAGGCACUGAGUCCUGCAAAGGAAAGGAAUCCCUAUUCCAUGGGCAUUGAUCCCACUGGUAGAGGUAGGAAGCAUUGGGAUGGAGGUGAGGGAGGGGUCCCGAUUGGCUUUGGAAGGGAUGCUCGGGAUAUUCUUCCCUUAGUACAGACAGGCAGUGUGUGUGUUUUAGGGAGCCACCCACCCAUUCCAUCCCAGUGGUCCCUAUCCAGCAGUACAUUGCUUUCCCUUUGGGCGCUUGACUCUCUUUCCGGGGGCUCACCCCCCGCUGCCUUCUCAUAGCCCUCCCUAGUGAUCCAACCCCCCCCCCUUUACUUCUCAUCUUGUCAGCAGGGGGCUGGGGAACAUUGUGAAAGGUCUCUCUCAGGCCUGGUACAGGGCAGAUGUUAACGCACGGUUAUUGUUUUUUGUUGUUGUCGUUUCUGUAAAUAGCAAUGUACAAAUGAUGAAAAAAGCAGUGUGGAAUUAAUGAAGAGAUGAGCUUUUGGGUUGUUUUUAUAUUACCUCAUUCAGCAAGUUUGUUUUACAAUGAUGAUUCAACAACGCUUAAUUUAUAUUGUUUGUACUGUAAUUAAAACCAUUGACAGACAUUUCACCUUGCUUGUUAUUUCAUACAAUCUUGAUUUGAUUAAAUAUGCCAGUUUGUAUUAUGUUUUUCUCCCUCCCAUGGGAUUUCUUUGUGUGUGUCAGCUGUACAGUAUUCUGAAUGAAAAAUGAAAAAAAGAAAGAAAAGGUGUAAAGUACUGCCUAGGGAGAAUGAGAGAGAGGCUGCUAUAUUGUACAGGUCUCUAAUAAAGAAAAAAAAAAAACAAGUA